AUGCGAGGUGCUUUUGGAAAGCCCCGGGGCACCUUGGCCAGAGUCCACAUUGGCCAGGUCAUCAUGUCCAUCCGCACCGAGCUGCAGAAUAAAGAGCAUGUGAUCGAGGCCCUGCGCAGGGCCAAAUUCAAGUUGCCUGGACUCCAGAAGAUCCACGUCUCCAAGAAGUGGGGCUUCACCAAGUUUAACGCAGAUGAAUUUGAAGACAUGGUGGCUGAAAAGCGCCUCAUCGCAGACGGCUGUGGAGUCAAAUACAUACCCAAUCGCGAUCCCCUGGACAAGUGGUGGGCCCUGCACUCCUGAGAGCCUCAGAGGUGUCCCAUAAUCAGUGACAAUAAAUCAAGAUCCUGCUUUAAAAAAAAAGUGGGAGUCCAGCGGUGGCUAGCGGGGUAAGCAUACGUGGUGUAAAGCGUAAGGACCGGCAGAAGGAUCCCGGUUUAAGGAUCCCGCUCCCUACCUGCAGGGGCGUUGCUUCACAGGCGGUGAAGCAGGUCUACAGGUGUCUAUCUUUCUCUCCC